CACGGUAUCGGAUAUACCCGACUUUUAGCGUUGUUCUUUGUUAUUCCCGACUCCAUUUAGCAAUCAGCCGCUACUGUGUUAACGGCAGUGGGGAAUCGCAAUCUUUCGAAAAUUACAAGAGCGCUGCCAGAGUGGAGUUUAAAAAGACGAAUUCGCAUAAACAGUUGUUGAAACACUUCAAACCCAGAUACUUCCCAGACAAAAAGGAAACCGAACUGUACGACUUUUGUUUAAAGCUUUAAUUAGUGGUUCUAACAGCCUCAUCCUUUCGUGGUUCAGACGACUAUAAAGUUAAGGCGCUAAAAGAAGGAAAACAAAGUUAAAAGCGCAGGAGAAAGGUAUGUUUCCACAGAAAAACAUCCAGAAGAAAAGCAAGGAAAAGAACCGCAAAAAUAAGAUUAAGGGGUCGAGACAAAGUGUUGCCGGGGAUGUUCUCAACAAACGUGUGGCAGAUGUCAGUCGCCUUCGCAACAGAAAACCAUCUUGCCCAGAGAUUCUGCUUCUCAAUACAGGGCUGACUGGAAAACAGCUUCCUGAGCUAUUCAAGUUAAUCAAGAUUGGAGAAGCGGACUUGAACUCUCUUGCCAUAAAGGGGAUUUUUCCUCUUCACGAAGCCGUAUCCAGGGGCCUCACCGAUUGCGCUAAAGUACUCAUCGAGAACGCUACAACGAUAAAUGUGCGAAACUCAGAGGGAUAUUCUCCAUUGGAUAUAGCAGUGGAAACAGGGAAUUUUGAGUGUGCAGAGCUGUUGAUAAGGAACGGAGCUUCGACUGAGAAUAUUAGACAUGGGUUCAAAUUAAGGUCAAGAACCAUAAGUAUAACUCGCAAGGCAUCAAGCUCCAUAUAAGUACUGUAUUGGCGCGCGCCUGUUUCGAAGCUAGGGUAACUUCAAUACCUCCAUUUAAGAGGUUUGUAAUAUAAUUGCAUUUAAUAUGACGACGAUCGAUAAAAAGGUCAUUAUUAUUCGCUGGGACGAAAUGCUUGCACGUUUUUAAGUCAGGAAUGUAUGUGCGUUAUAGAACAUGAGACUUUAAUUGCUUGUGCAUGUAUCACCAAAAUUUAAAUUCUUUAUCACCUUUAAUGAUGUCCUUAUGCGGAGAGGAUUAUUAAGAGACAGAAGGGAGAUCUGUAACAGAAUGUAAUUGAACCACAAUUUUUUGGUAAGAGAAACGUUUUCUUGAGACAUCUUAGGCUUUCUAUAGUGGAGUUGUUAGUCUUUUGUUAGCAAAACUGUACAUAGAACCUCAAUUAUUAAAGGCUUAUGUACGGGCGGGGCGCAUGCAAAGGAGGAUUAAUCUUGGCGCAUUUUUCCGGCGCCGAAGUUUAUCAGUAAUUUCUGGUUUACUGAUAACUAAUAGACAUCAAAUAUCAUUUACAUUAGAUCA